CUAGAUGAAUUAAAUCCAGCUCAAUAAAUACAGCUGGAAGAGUUUAAUUUUCACCCGUAAUUCAUCCAAGGAAUCACUAUGAAGAUUUCUGGUGAAUUAUGGAGCUUCCUAGCCGCCAUUUUGGCGACUCUGACAUUCGCAGACAAAACUCCAGAUUUUAAAAUUAAUACUUUGACAAUCAACAACACGCCUGAUAAUCCGUACUUUGGGAAUUGGUCAUUUGAAAUAAGCGAAUCUGGUGACAGAUUUUCAUUAUUAUUUCCAAUUAAAAAAGAUUAUCCCGAGAAUAUGAUGUUUGGAUUUGCUGUUGAAUUGAAUGGCCGUCAAGUUCUUUCCAUGGAAAUGUCGGUAUGUGACGGCUUGGAAGCUGGCUUAGCCGAUCAAAAUAUGCUGGACCAUGUAUACCCUCCAGACACGCUUCACCUUAGCUGCCCAGUAAAAGCGGGUGAUUACGAAUUGAGAGAUUAUUCUUUUUCGGCUGACAACAUACCAUUUCAAUUAGCAGCUGGCGAUUUGUUUGUCAAGUUUUUUAAUUUCGAGCCAAAUGGUGAGCCGAUUAUAACAAUUACUAUGGAAGGGUUGAUAAGUGAUAAAUAAAUUUUAAUUUUCAAUAAUAUCAAAAAGAAUCAAUUAGAAUCUUUAUUUCUCACUCUUAUUAUUUAAAAUUUUUAAUAUGGAUUUUUAUAACAAAAUUUAUUAUUAAUAAUAUUGC